UUCUCUUCCUUUCUGCCCAUUAAACAAUGAAAAUGGCAUAUUACCAAUCAUCCUUUCCCCUCUGUAUGAAACACCCAUCAUUGCUCCCAACAAUCCUUUUCAACCUUAGAAACCUGAGCUUCUAAGAUAUUCCCUCCCUUCCAUUCCCAUUCUUUUUCUUUUCUUUCUUUUUUCUUUUUAUUUUUUUGAGCUUUCUUCUUUUUUCUCUUCUUUCAAUUUAAAUAUCCUUCAUCUUUAUAACCCUUUUCUCUCCUCCAUUUCUCUUCUCUUCUUAUUAUUCACUCUCUUAUAUUACUACUGCCAUACCAUCCCUUUCUAUUAGUAAUGGAUCCUUCUUCUACAAAUUCUGUGAAUGGGUUUUACUCUUUUUUAACUAGAGGGAUUGAUGAUCUUGAACGUGUUUAUCUUUCAAACAAUUUCAUGUCAAUCCAAUUCCUCCAAAGGGUUCUUUCUUUAUUAAGAUCUUUUCACUCCCAGUUGACUUUACUUGUUCAAAAACUUCAUCUACCUGUUGGUGACAAGUGGCUUGAUGAGUAUAUGGAUGAAAGUUCUAAGCUUUGGGAAGCAUGUCAUGUUCUUAAAUCAGGAAUAUCUGGCAUGGAAAAUUUCUACUCUGCUGGAUUCAAUAUCACUUCUUCUCUUGACAAUCAUCGCCGUCUUAGUUCUCAACUAUCUCGACAGGUAAUAAGAGCAAUUUCAGGGUGCAGAAGGGAAGCUUUAGGAUUGGAAGAAGAGAAUAGAGCUUUGAUGGAAACAAGAAUCCAACCAUUGUCACUAAGGUUUGAUGAGAAGGUGUCAAUUGAAUCAAAACUCAAUGGUUUUAAUGGGUUUAGAGGCGUUCUUUAUGCAAUGAGAAACGUCAGUUCUUUGCUACUGAUGAUCUUGCUAUACGGAUUAGUGUAUUGUUGGCCAGAAUCAAGUUUUCUGAAAGGUGGAUACGAAGGGUGUUUGUUUUUUGGAUCAGCUUUUAUGAUCUCAACGGCAAGAUUGCAACAAAGGGUAGCGGAAGAAAUAAACCAGAUAAAUGGAAGGCCAGGGAUUUUGUUGUAUGAAUUUAGAAGAUCAAAGAUGGCUAUGGAGGAGCUAAGAGGAGAGCUGGAGAGGAGGUGUGGACAAGUGGUAGACUGGGAAACAGAGGUGGAGAUAAGAGAAAGAGUAGAGAAUCUGAGAGGAUGUUUUGGGGUAUUGAGAUCUGGAGCUGAAAAUAUUGUUGGACAGCUCGAUGAUUUCUUUGAUGAGAUUGUUGAAGGAAGGAAGAAGCUUUUGGACUUUUGCAGUAUUAGAUAGAGAAAGAAAGAGAUAGAAUGGUUGAAAUGGAAAUCCCCUUUCUUUUUUUCUUUUUUUUUAAAAAAUACAAGGUAGAGGAAGCAGUUGUUGGGUUUGUUGUACCUUUAACCUUUUCUCAUCCCCUAUUUUUUUUUUUUUUGUUAAUUUUAAAUGUUUAUUUUCUUUU